AUGGCAAGAGCCUUGGCCGCCGUUUGGCCGCUCGUGAAGGGAUGCAUCACCGGCAGCGUGCUCGGCAUCACCGUCGCCGACUGGGUCGCCUCCGUCGUCACCAUGGACGGCGCCUCCAUGCACCCCACCUUCGACCCGCAGCAGGCCGAGCGCGCUCUGGUGGAGAAGCGCUGUCUCUACCGCUACGACUUCUCCCGCGGCGACGUCGUCGUGUUCAGGUCGCCGAGGGACCAUCGUGAGCUGAUGGUGAAGAGGCUGAUUGCGCUGCCUGGGGAUUGGAUCCAGAUCCCGGAGAAGCAGGAGAUCCGGCAGAUCCCGGAGGGCCAUUGCUGGGUUGAAGGGGACAAUGCCGCCCUCAGCUUUGACUCGAGAUCCUAUGGCCCUGUUCCUAUGGGUCUGUUGCGCGGCAGGGUCACACACAUAAUCUGGCCACCCCAAAGAAUUGGCCGAGUUGACAGAAAAAUGCCCGAAGGAAGGAUUAUGCCACUGUGA